GUGUCGUAGCAGGUGUGGUCGAUUUGGUUGUUGUCCUCAAGGAGGUAGUUGGGUGGAAGUUGUGGCAUUGCGGGGAAAGCCCCGGAGGUGACUUGGGAAUAGGUGGGACGGAUGGUGGGGAUGGUGGAGGUGGUCAUGAUGGGUUGGGAGAGGGUUUGGGAGUGCGGGCGGGGGGAAGGGGUGACUUUGAUGGGCAAGGAAUGAGGCGGUGUGCUGGAUGCGCCGGAUGAGGGAGGAGGUGGAGGGAACGGAACGAUGGUGGGGAUUGAAGGGUUGGUGGAUAUGGCAGGAGAGGUGGUAAGAGUGGAGGCGGUCGGCGGGGGGGUGUUGCUAGAGGCGGCUGUGGAGGUUGGAGUGGUUUGCACUGUGGGGGUUGGAAUGGUUUGCAUGGUGGUGACGACCGUGAUGGGGGGGGUGGUCCCUUCGAGAGUGGUGACGCGGUCGCAUAAAGAUGACACAUUGGCCUUUAUGUCGUCGAGAGAGGCGGUGACGGAGGUUUGGAAGGUGUUGAGUGCGUGGAGGAUGGCAGAGAGGUCGGGGGUGGCAGUGUUUGCUGGUGGUUGUUCGCCGGCGAGGUGGCGGGCGAUGCUAUCGACUGAGUCGGUGCGGAUGUCAGACAUGUUGAUGGAGGAUGCGGCCAUUUCGGGGGAAGAGGGGGUGGAGGACGUGGCCUGAACGGGGAUGGAAGAUGCAGCAGCAGCGGUGGCGGCGGCGGCAGCACGUUGGCAGUUCUUGGUUUGGCGUGGUGGCAUGUGGAGGGUGGGGGGGAAUCCCCUUUUUUUUAUUUAUUAAUAAAUUCAAAAAUAAAGAUAAUCCCCAAG